CCGACACGCAGGGAGGGAGGAGGGCGUCUGUGGGCGGUUACAAACGCUGCGUGAUUCACAAACCUUAUUUGUUCGUACUACUUUGAGCGCCAUCUUGUUUGUAACUCUUCUACGUAAGUGGUAGAGUUUCUGCCGAGGGGGUAUCCGAUUACCUUUUUUUAUUUUUUUUUCCUCCCUCCCCCAGCUUUAGACCGGGAACCUCUCCCUGUAGCAGGCUUACACAGGCACGUCUGCUUUACAGCUUUUCUCUGGAAAAAGUCUUUCCAAGCGGACAGAAAUGAGCAUCGAAACGCUUCUGGAAGCUGCCAAGUUUUUGGAAUUUCAAGCCCAGCAACAACAGAAAGCACGUGAGGAUGAACUAAAGGAGAAGCUGCGUCUGCAGCACUUGAAAGAGCAGAGCCACCCUGAUGUGAACUACAACUCAACAGUCCACAUCAACAAUGUUUCUAAAGCAGAGGUGCUCCACAUCGAGUCCCGCCCCCCACCCGUACCAUCAACUCUGCCACCUCCCUCCGUACCCAUUACGGUCAUCCCCAUCCCUGUGGUCACCCCCAACCUCACAGGCUCACCGACUCUGCCUGUUGCCACGCUCUCCCCUCCUGCUGCUCCUCGAUUGGCCUCCCCAAAAGGAGACUCUCAUUCCCCUCUGGAGCAAAGUGCUGCAGCUCUGCUCUGCUCCCCACAGCCCAAACUCGACACCCAAACCGUGGUAGCUGCCAACCACAAGCAGCCGAUACAAAACCACCACAAUCAGCCACAGCUCGUUGCCCAAACCAACAACACUAAACUGCACCAGCAGCUGGUUCAGCGCUAUCCUGGUUCCAUUGUCUCACCCCUACAUCAGCAAGCCUUGCUGCCUCAUUCAGGACCUGUGCUUCAGCAGGCCCCCCUACACAAUGGCCCCAUCAGCCGGGGGAGUCCUCCUGAUGACAGCCGCCAGCUAGACAGCAAGAAGAGGCCUGGAGGGGCUGGUACAAGAGAGGUGCAUAACAAACUUGAGAAAAACAGACGAGCACACCUGAAGGAGUGCUUCGAGACGCUGAAAAAGAACAUCCCAAACAUCGAUGAGAAGAAAACCUCCAACCUGAGUGUCUUAAGAAGUGCUCUGAGAUACAUUCAGACGUUAAAGCGCAAAGAGAAGGAGUAUGAGCAUGACAUGGAGCGUCUGGCCAGAGAAAAGAUCGCCACCCAGCAGCGACUAGAAGAGCUGAAGAAUGAGCUCAGCCAGUGGAUGGAUGUGAUCGAGAUCGACCGUAUCCUCCGACAGACGGUGCAGCCAGAGGAGGACCAAGCUUCUACCUCCACAGCCUCGGAAGGUGAAGACAUUAUGGACGAUGACAUGGAUGAAGAGACUGCACCAAGAGCACCCACUGCCUUACCUACCGUGCCUCAAACCAUGAAACCUGAGCUGCGCAUGACUGUAACACCUACUCAAGUCCCAACCGUGACACCCAUCACCACUACCUCCUUCACCAACCAACACAACCAGCGCAAAGCCCCUCUGCACCAGCCUCAGCUGCUGCCACUGACUUCUCCGCAGCCACCAUCUAAACCUGCAGCUCCACCAACACUCACUGCCGCUACAUCCAGCACUCCCACCACUCCCAGUCAGCUGUCAAAUCCCACCCCGACACAGAUGGUGACCACACCCAGUCUGCACCCCACAGUGAUCGCUCAUGCACCAGUGUCCCACCCCUCAGUCAUCCAGGUCAUCCCAAGUCAGGGCUCCAAAAACAUCGCCCAGCUGGCUCCUUCUACCACCAGCUCUGUGCAGUUAGCCCCCGGUCACCAGCCCAUCAGCCACAUCACCGUGCACCCGGUGGCUCACCUAAGCCAGCAUUUACCCACCCUCUACCCACAGCCGGUGGCUGUCACACAGCCAGCUGUGGUCGGUCACAUCACUCAAACAAUAAACCAUGCUCAGGUGAACGGCAAUGCACCUGCACAGCCAGCUGCCACUAUUGUUGGUAAGCAGACAGCAGUGAGCACCCAAAUGAUGGCACACCACCCGCAGCUUGUGGGUCAGACUGUGCUCAACCCCGUGACCAUGGUAACCAUGCCCUCCUUUCCCAUCAGCACUCUGAAGCUGGCCUGAACACUGCCAACAGGACCACUGAGCUGCAGACUGUGAUGCCCAUGAUAGGGGUAAACUAAGGGAGGGAUGUUCUCCCCCUUGUUAACAAAGUGACCAAAACACAUCCCCAUUGUUAACCUACCACAUUCUUGUGUGUUGGUUGGUGUUGUGGGAGCACCCAAUGGGCCACCUUCCUGUGGUAAACCACAGGCUUCAGUACAGGCCAUUGACAAGUCCUCCAUCUGUGCAGGAGAGUUGCUGGAGACCCUUCUGAUCCAUUUUACUCUCAUUUAGAAGCAUUACAGUGGACACAAAGCCGGGAACAAUCCUAACGCAAAACUCCUUCUAUGCCAGACUACCACAACAUCCCGAAAACUUGACCCUAAUUCUAAGAUAUAACAGGCUGCAUGUGGCUGAUGGUCAUAAUGUUGUUUUUGUGUUUUACACAGUGGGCUGAUGUGCAGCUUUUGACCCUCACCUAUUGUUGUAUUAAAAUGAAGCAGUGCUUAUUUUUACACAAGCUUGACAGAAACGGCCUCACACAGGAAAAUGUUGAUCCGCUAUUAUAGAGUCCAGACAGUGUAGGAUCAGAGUGUUGGACCACCAAACCCAGCACACUGAGAAUGUGGUUCAGAUGAGCCCCUCCUCUUCAGCAGUGGCACAUGCUGAAAGGCUGGAGCCAAAUCAUGGACUGAACUACACCCUGUACACACAGGAGCUGCAGUCCUCAGUGAUGGUGCACACAGCAAGAGCUCCACCUGCUGGCUGCUUGUGUUCAUAGUAAAACUACCACCUCUGCAACAAUGACACAAUUCUUCCAGUGAAGUAAAAUGAUGAUGACAUCAUCACACAGUGGCUACUUGUAGUAAAAUAAUAUACGGCUUUGUCAGUUUUUGUCUGUUCUAGGCGCAGCCAGGCGGCGAGAUGUCAGGUUUGGUGGUCUCAGGAUCUCGUCUCUGCCUUUAGCAGGUGAUGUGGUUAUGUUGACACCUUGUAGCCGAGUCUGAAGCACCAGAGAUGAGAAUCAGCACCUCUAAGUUCCAGAAAAGGGUGGAUUACUCAUUUCUGUCUCGAAUGAGUUCAAAUAGAUCCGGGUCUUGUUCACAAGUGAGGAAAGAUUGACAGACUGGUGCAGAUGCUAUAAUGGUCUGCUGUGGUAAAGAGAAAGCUGAGCGUUAAGUCAAAGCUCAUGCACUGGUUGAUCUACCUUCCUACACACAAACUGUGGUUACUGGUACAAGAUGAGAUCACUGAUACAGCUGGUGGAAAUGAGCUUUUUCAUAGGGUCUGGGCUCAGCCUAUGAGAUAAGAUGAGGUGCUCAAAGUAGAGCUACUCCUCCUCCACAUCUAAAGGAGUCAGGUGAGGUGACGGGGCGUGCAUCCUGGGUGAGGUGUUUUAGGCAUGCCUAAACAGGAAGAAACCCAAGGGCAGACCCAGGACAUGCUAGAGAGAUUUUAUCUUGGCUGGAUUGGGAAUGCCCUGGUGUCCCCCACCUUAGACAGGGGAGGUGACUAGGGGAAAGCGAGGUCUGAAAAUCUCUGCUUAGACUGCUGCCUGUGCACAGAUAAGCAGCAGAAAAUGGAUGGACGGCAGGAUUUAGUUUUUAGUGUUUAAAGGACAAUCAAAUUGUUACUUACUUCUAGUAUCUGUCCUUCAGAUAUGCUGGUGAUUGUACACUGAGCACAAGUACAAGUUAGUGUUUUAGGAUAAACCUGUUUGUCACAGCUGCUAAUGUGUUUGAAAUUUUUUUUGCAGAAUGGUAUCUGUAUCUACAUGCCCCCUAAACUCAGCAAAGGCAAAUUUAUAUUAAAUUAAAUCUUAAAUUAUAAAAUAAGGGAGGCAAGUUCAGAGGUUCUGAACCUGAAUCCACAAAAGGUCCAUAAAAUAUAGUGGUGUGCGUGUCUAUGCUGUCUUGUAGUGCAAAUGGUAGUAGGAUGUGUGUUUGCAUGCCGUUAAUGCAUGCCAUGACUGUGUUAAUUUAGUGAUUAGAAUGAAAGCGAGGACCUAUAGCAGUGCUCCCUUAUGAUGAGCUUAUAAACUUUGAGUUACUGAGCAUCUGUACGAAAGUGACUACAACAGAUGACUUAUUUAAUGCGUUUAUUCGAGGCACCCUCUUUCUAAAGCUGGCACUGUGAAAAUUUAAAACUAGGCCCAAUGAACGGCCAACCUGCAGUUUAACGUACUGUGCUCUCUGAAUUUAAUCUGAAUGUACUGCUCUGUGAAAAGAUGUGAAGUGUCGCACUUGGCAGAAGUGAAGCCCUUUUUAGAAAUGCAAUGACUUUAUUAAAGUACCAAGUGUAUGUAAAGUGUAACGUUAGAAAUUGAUUUUGUAUUGAGAUUUACUGUUGUAUUAUUGUAUCAUCACCCCGUUUUAAUGUUAAUUUUAUAAAAUCGCUUUUUUUUCCGGGACCAUGUACCGUGCUGUAUGUGAAGGGGUGAUCGCUACAUUGACCUCUUCCCUUGAUCACGUUUGGCCACUUGUUUAAAUUAUUCACCCCUUACAUGUUUUUGUAUUUUGUUCUGAUGCAAUAUGAUUAAUGCAGGAACCUCUUUUUCUUCCCUCAAGGAACUCUUGUCACCUUCAGAUUUCACACAAACAUCUGGGAUAAAAAUGCAUUUUGAAUUCAUUUUGCAGAAAAACAAAAUGCAUAAAUGUUCAGAGAUACAGAUGCUUGAAGAAGCAAAAAUAUACCUGUGUUUUCCCUAUGGAGAAAGUUUAUGUUGUAUAUAGCCUGUAAAUGUUGGGCUGCGUUUAGAUCUGUACUAUGUUUAAAGCUUGGGAAAAUAUGUAAAAUUUAA